AUGGCCCUGCUACCAUUUUCUCCCUUAAUUCCCACUCCACGCCACACCCAUAAACCCUCUCUCCAAUCCCAAUUUCUUCAAACCCCACCAAAACCAAUAAUCCGAACAACACCACACCCCAAACUCAAGAUUCCUCCACCUUUUCUCAUCACAUGCUCCUCAUCAUCCCCUCACAAACCCGUCCGCGACCCAAAGCUCGACCGCCACAUCGUGAAGCAAAACAAGAUCCGGUUCGUGCAGAAGCUCAAAACCCUCCUCCUCUCCAAACCCAAACACUUCAUUCCCGUACAAAUUCUCUACAAGUGCCGCUCUUUCCUCUCCAUACCCAAACCCCGCUCUCUCCUCUCCAUGAUUCGCCGCUACCCGACAAUUUUCGAGCUUUUCUCCAUCCCCACCCCACCAUUCCCUUUAAACGCCUCGGGCCCACUUUCUCAGCUCUGUGUCCGCCUAACCCCGCAAGCAGCCGUCUUAGCCAAAAGAGAAACCGAUUUCAAAAAGCGAAUCUCUGAUUCUCUGGCUUCAAAGCUCCAAAAACUCCUCAUGCUCGCCUCACCUCAUCACAGGCUACUCCUCUCCAAGCUCGUGCAUUUGGGCCCCGAUCUCGGUUUUCCCGCCAAUUUUCGCUCCCGAUUAUGCAACGACUAUCCGGAUAGAUUCAAAACUGUCGAAACUUCUUAUGGACGGGCGCUCGAGCUUGUUUCGUGGGACCAGAGCCUUGCUGAGGUCCUGCCGCGCGACGAGGAUGGGUCGGCCCGCGGGCUUAUAGUCGAUCGCCCGUUAAAAUUCAAACAUGUGAAAUUGCGGAAGGGGUUGAAUGUGAAGAAACGUCAUCGCGAGUUUUUACUUAGGUUUGGGGAAAUCCCGAGCGUGUGCCCGUACGGGAUAAGUGCAGUGGACUUGAGGAAAGAGUCUUUGGAGGCGGAGAAGAGGGCUUGCGCGGUUGUGAGGGAGGUCUUGGGGAUGACGGUGGAGAAGAGGAGUUUGGUGGACCACUUGACACAUUUUAGGAAGGAGUUUGGGCUUCCGAAUAGGCUUAGGGGUAUGUUGGUGAGGCAUCCGGAGAUGUUUUACGUGAGCUUGAAAGGGCAGAGGGAUUCGGUUUUUUUGGUGGAGGGAUAUAGUGAGAAAGGGGUGCUUUUGGUGAAGGAUGAGAUGUUGGAGAUAAGAGAUGAGAUGAUGAGGCUUGUGAGAGAAGGGAAGAGGAUGAGGAGAGAGAGGAGAAGGGAGUAUAUGUAUGGGGGAGUGGUUGAUGCUCGGAAUUUGGGGGGUGACGAGGAUUUUGAUGAGUUUGAGGAGGAUGAUGAUGAUGGUUUGGAUGAUCUGUUUGCAAUAGAAGAAGAAGAAGAAGAAGAAGAGUAUUAUGGUUCAGAGUAUGAAAGGAAUGAGUUGAUGGUGUAUGCAGAGAAUGCAGACUUUUGGACGGCUGAGGAGACAGCGAAAAAGCCCUGGUAG